GCCCCCCCAGGACAAGGUUCGUGGCCGGGGCGCGCUGUGCUGGCUCAGCACAUACCGGGCGCGGGGCAGUCGGUGCCUCCACGGUGCCGCAGCACGUCCCGGCCCCACAGCCAGCACCGGGGAUGGAGGCCGGCGAUGGGAAGGAGGAGACCCCGCUGUCCUCGGCACUGAGCCGGUUUCAGCUCUCGGAGGAUUACGGCUUCCUGCUUCCCAACCCUCUGACGGAGCUGCCGGCCCCCUACGGCCCGUGGAUGGAGAUCGCCCAUGAGCUGCCCCAGCUGAUUGCGAGCCAUCGGCUCCGCUCUCGCGUUCACCAGAUGCCCCAGCUGAGCACGCGGCACCUCCGAGGGCGCGAGGAGCUGUACUUGGCCCAUCUGGUGCUCAGCUUCAUCACCAUGGGCUACCUGUGGCAGGAGGGCGAGGAGGGCACCGUGAAGGUCCUGCCCCGCCACCUCGCCGUCCCCUUCUGGGAGGUGUCACAGGCCCUCGGGCUCCCCCCCAUCCUCAGCCACGCAGACUUUGUCUUGGCCAACUGGAGGAGGAAGGACCCCAGCGGGCCUCUGGAAAUUGAGAACCUGGACCCCAUCAUAUCGCUGCCUGGGGGAGAGAGCCUGAGGGGGUUCAUCCUCGUCACCUUCCUGGUGGAGAAGGCGGCGGUGCCUGGCAUUAAGGCGAUCCCUCAGGCCAUUCAUGCCAUCCGGCAGCUCGACGAGGAGACCCUGCACCAGGCCCUGCAGGGGCUGGCGACGGCCAUCGGGGCCAUGGGCAAGGCUCUGCAGAGGAUGCACGAUUACGUGGAUCCAGCAGUGUUUUAUGCCGUGAUCCGGAUCUUUCUCUCUGGCUGGAAGGACAACCCCGCGAUGCCGGACGGGCUGGUGUACGAAGGGGUCUCCGAGGAGCCCAUGGCCUUCUCAGGAGGGAGCGCGGCACAGAGCACCGUCCUGCAUGCUUUUGAUGAGCUCUUGGGGAUUCGCCACAGCCAGGAAAGCACCGCAUUCCUGCACAGGAUGAGGGACUACAUGCCCCCUCCCCACCGAGCCUUCAUCGAGGAGAUCGGCCGGGCCCCCUCCCUGAAGCAGCACGUGCUCUGCUCCGGGGACGCGCGGCUGCGGGCGGCUUUCAACCGCUGCAUCACUGCGCUGGCGGACUUCAGGUCCUGCCACAUCGCCAUCGUCACCAAGUACAUUGCCGUGGCCAAAGCCAAGGCGGGGCGGGCGGAGGUGGGCGGCUGGGCUGGGAGGCCCCCGGCCGCGCUGGAGGCCAAAGGGACCGGGGGGUCGCACAUCUUCAGCUUCCUGAAGAGCGUCAGGGACACCACCAGGGACGGGCUGAUAAGCGCCUGAUGCCCCGGCGGCUGAGGGCAGGCCCAGGAGGCCACAGGACUCAGGCUGGUGUCUGCAGUGCAUGAGCCAAACGGUGACCGUCACUGACACCCCCUCCCACCCUCCCUCCUUCCCUGCAGCCCCUUCCCACUCACACAGGUCCCAGGCUCAGAGCAAGCUGCCUCCCUCCUCCCUAAUUCCAAGCCCCUUGCACUGCAGCAUCCCUGCCUGCCCCACGCCAUCCCUGGGGGUUGUGCACGGCAGCUGCCCCCACCAGAACCUCACCAUGGCUCAGACCCCAGGGCUGGCAGGGCCGGGCACUGCUGGGGUCUCAUCCCCGAAUGCAGCCAGGGCUGCGGUGCUGCCAUGGGCCUGCUGUCCUCAGCUGCUGGAGGCUGGCGCUAGCAGAUACACACCCAAAGCACCUCUGCUGCUGGAGGUUCUAGUUCUGGGCUAAGUUAAUUAAGAGCAGGUCCCUUCCAGGCCCAGUCUGCAUAUCUGCCGUGAUUAUUUUUCCAUGAUUUCAUGAUUCUCUGCUGGAGGUUGCCAGGGUAAAUGCCGUGCCACUGUCCAUAGCCCCCCGUGGAGCACCCAGCACAGCCCCACUGCACCGGCAGGAGCGUGGCCCCUCGGAGCCCCUCGGCGGAGGCUGCAGGAGCAACUUGGAGAGCAGGGGAAUUGCACAGGCUAAUAAAGCUGGGAUUCCUAAAAGCUGGCUGUGCUGCACGGCUCGCCCUUCCCCUGCAAGGGCACAGGACGCGGGUGGAAGCGCCGGGCCCCCAGCCUUGAGCCCGCUCCCAUCGCGAGGUGGCAGCAGCAUCCUGCGCUGCGCAGAGCGGGGAGCGCGCCUGGUGCGGGGAGGCAGAGGAAGCACAAUUUGGGUUUGUGUUUCACGAGUGCUGCAGUGAGUGCUGGGGGGGCCGUGGGGCGCAAUCGGUUUGCAAGACAGGAGCUUUCCGCUGCAUUCGGCACCCGCGUCUGUUAGCCUCGGCUCCUCUCGCCCCCCGAGCAAUGAAGUCCAGCACUGCAACACCACGGCAGGGCGCAUUCCUUCAGAGCCCAGGGCUGCCGGGCACGUGCAGGUCCCAAACCAUGAAGGCAGCCUCAGGUCACCAGCUCCCAUCACACCUUUACGGAGUGGGAUGCGGCGAUCCUCGUGGGUCCUUUCCAGCUUGGGGUAUUCUGUGAUUCUUUCAGCCUGAACCUGGCAUUGGGCUGACAAAAACAAGCUGCCUGGUCUAAAAAAUAGGGCUCUUGAUUGCCCCACAUCUCCCUAUUAUUUAACAGGUCUGCUUACCAAAAUGCCUGCUUCCAGUCUGAGUAACAGGCAGAGAUCUGAAAUGGAUGCUGGGGCUGGGGCUGGGCCACAGUUACUGGAGUCUGCUGGAGUCACUCAGGGCCAGAUGAAGGGGGGAUGUGGAUGAGAGACACGAGCAGACAGGGGCAGCACGGGGCCCCAAGGAGCGGGUGGUCGCUUGGUGGUGAUGCGCCGAGUGAUGAGGGUGUGCUUUUAUUCUCCAUUACCAGCUUGAGGGUUCAGGAUGCCACCAGGGUAAUGCAGCAACUUCUGGGCACAUACAGAGUUCACUUACUUCUCGGUGAUCAAUAUUGUGCUGUGGCAGGGGACAUACGGUUUCCAAAAGGGCCCAGCAAAGGAAAAUCUCCCCAGAUGAAGACAAGGUCCUCCCGCGGGCUCUGGAGCAGGGGAUACACGCAGCACCCAGCCCAAGGCAGGGGUCAGCCUGAGACAGAAGCACCACAGCUUGUGAAGCAAGAGCAGCCAACGAGUGCUCCGCACUUCUGCGGCGGCUGCGCAGCUUUUCAUAACACCAGAUGCCCAAGUGGCCUGAUUUUACAGCGAGCACCCCCAAAUCCCUCGGCGUUGGCAUCCUGAGGGAAAUCAGGCCAUAUGCAGCCGUGUUUUGUCUGCCCGGGUGUGCUGGCACGGCCACCAGAGACAGGUUUCACACCCAAUCAGUGUCUCAGUGCAAAAAUAGCUCUGGCAGUGCCACUUCUCCUGCACUAUCAGAAGAAAGUCAAGGUCCUUUGAAAUGAGGUUUCAUUCCCAUAAGGGUAACAAAAAGCUCAGCGCACGGCGCCUUGAAUUAUUAAAGCUCCUUGCUAAAUUCUA